GAUUCUUUGCUAUUUCCGUGUGAAGGUGCAGGAGAAAUGCGUGACCUCAGGACGCGUACAGGAUCAGAGAAAACCUGCAGUGUAAAUGCCACUGAACACUCAACGGUAGCAGGGAUCUCACUAAGGAGUAACUGCGCUACACUGGUCAGGGUCAGAGUGGGUCCAGAGCCAGGAGCAGGAACAGGAUCUUGAAGCAUAAGAUACCAGUGAAAUCUUCCAGUGUAGGAGUGCAAUGCCGCUCUGGUCCAUCAAGGUGCUGGUGUGGACGCCUCUUCACCUCUUACCCUGUUCCUCCCACCAUCCACCAUUCGCAGUCUUCCAUUAGGAGAAAGUGUCAAGAUGCUGCAUGCAAUAGAAAGAACACACUGGUGUGGUCUGUCAUGUUGGACAAGAUCUAGUCAGCACUUCCUUCUAGCUCUGGGCUGCUUGCUCUGCCUAUGCCCUCCUGCUGGUGUGGUGGCGGGUAUGUGCAGAGUAUCAGGUGGUGUGUUGGGGAUCCCCUGCAGCAGUGUGAUUGGCUUAGGCUGGCAGCCGCUGGCAGUGGACCAAGGUGGCACUCAUUGUUGGGAAUCAUGCUGCCUGGAACCCUCGUGCAGUGCAGUCUGGAGCCUUGGGGGCUACUGUGUCCUGCUGAAGUGUGUUCGGGCCAAUGGCUGUGAAAUCUCAUCUCUGCCACAGCCUCACAUCAAUUCUCUCGGUAUCCUGCAGCUGCUCGACAAGAACAAGUCAAAGAAGGGGAGAAUCCCACGGCAGGCAUUGCUUGCUGAUGUUGAUGAAGGGCCUGGGCACAAACACAGCAGUCAUGAUGAAUUGGGAACUCAGCCCUUCACUACAACACCAGCGAGUGCAGCUAGUGGGAUUUUAUUCUCUGAAUCAGCCAAUAAAGCGACGAAUGAGCUGGCCAACAGCAGCAGAGAGGAGACAGCUUCAUCAUCCUGGCAGAAUUCAACACUGCCAGAAGACAGUAUGGAUCAUUCAUCUUCCAAUAGCAGUUCUGGGUCACCAACAAAUGCACCUUAUGCUUCCACCCCAGCAGGGACUCCACCGGUGAAGGAGCUGGUGGUAUCAGCUGGAAACAAUGUGGAGGUCACUCUUCCAAGCAGUGCAGUGGAGUUGAAUGCUUUUGUAGUGCCAGCACCCCCUGCAGGGACUAACUAUGCCUUUGACUGGCGUUUGAGGACACACCCUAAAGACUACAGUGGAGAAAUGGAAGGAAAACAUAGCGGCACACUCAAACUAAGCAAGCUGACUGUGGGUCUGUAUGAGUUUGAGGUGAUUGUGGAUGGUGAUGGUGCACAUGGUGAAGGCUAUGUGAAUGUUACAGUUAAACCAGAGCCAAGAGUCAAUAAGCCACCAGUUGCUGUAGUUUCACCAAAGUACCAAGAGAUCUCCUUACCAACGAGCUCCACUGUGAUUGAUGGCAACCAAAGCACUGACGAUGAUAAGAUAGUGGCGUGGCACUGGGAAGAGGUGAAGGGACCACUCCGAGAGGAGAAGGUCUCAGCAGAUACAGACAUUCUCACCCUUACAAGCCUUGUCCCUGGCAACUACACUUUCAGGCUCACAGUGACUGACUCAGAUGGUGCUCAAAACUCAACCCAAGCUAUGCUGUCAGUUAACAAGGCGAUGGACUACCCGCCUGUAGCCAUCGCUGGACCGAAUCAGGUCAUCACCCUCCCACGCAACUCCAUUACUCUGUAUGGUAACCAGAGCACAGACGACCAUGAGCCUCUGGCUUAUGAAUGGUCACUUAGCCCAGAGAGCAAGGGCAAGGUGGUGGAGAUGCAGGGAGUACGGACACCCACUCUGCAGUUAUCUGCUAUGCAGGAGGGAGAUUACACCUUCCAGCUAACUGUCACUGAUUCAUCUGGACAGCAGGACACGGCACAGGUCAUGGUCAUUGUACAGCCAGAAAAUAACAAGCCGCCAGUAGCAGACACAGGGCCAGACAAGGAGCUGACACUUCCUGUGGAUCACACCACCCUCGAUGGCAGCAAGAGCUAUGAUGACCAGAAAAUUGUCAAGUACCACUGGGAAAAAACAGAGGGUCCAGACGGUGUGAAGAUAGAGAAUGCAGAUAGCUCGGUUGCUACGGUAACAGGGCUUCAGGUUGGAAUUUACACUUUCAAGCUGACUGUGACGGACGAACGGGAUCUGCAAAGUUCAGACACGGUCACUGUGAUUGCUCGUGAGGAGUUUGACCAGCUACCUGUGGCCAAAGUGCAGUCCAGCCCCCCAAUCACUCUACCUGUCCGUACAGCAUUCUUGGAUGGCUCCCAUUCCACUGAUGAUAAAGGAAUUACUAGUUACCUCUGGAAGAGGGAUGACAGCAGUCCUGCAGCUGGGGAUGUCCUGAAUAACUCUGACCACCAGGCAGUGCUGUUUCUUGGCAACUUGGUGACAGGGAAGUACAGCUUCACUCUGACUGUAACAGACAGUAAAGGCCAAAGCUGCAGCGACACUGGCAUGGUGGAGGUGCACCCAGAUGUAUGGGAGCGAGACCUAGUGGAGUUGGUGCUGGAGGUGGCUGUAUCUCAGGUGUCUCACAGGCAAAAGGACAUGCUGUUGAGACAGGUAGCUGUUCUGCUGGGCGUACUGGACAGUGACAUCAUUGUACGGGAGAUAAGCACCUUUAAUGAGCACAGCACUCGUUUAGUAUUCCUUGUGUCUGGAGGACCUGGGCGCUCGCCACUAUCUGGUCACAGUGUUGCCACAGGACUCCGUAACAAACUGCACAAGCAAAAAAACGACUUCCUCAUAUUCAAGGCUCGGCGUGUGGACACAGUCGUUUGCCAGCUAAACUGCUCAAGCCAUGGAGAGUGUGACUCUUUUACUCGUCGCUGUGUGUGCCACCCUUUCUGGAUGGAAAACUUCAUCAGAACUGAGCUGGGUGAUGGAGAGAGCAACUGUGAAUGGAGUGUGUUGUACGUGACAAUAGCGUCAUUCAUGAUACUGGUUGCCAUUGCAACCAUUGUAUGGGGCAUCAUCUGCUGUUGUAACAGGCGCAAAGGAAAAGUCAGACGGAAAAGUCGAUACAAAAUGCUAGAGGGAGAAGACCAAGACAGCAUUGGGAUGCACCCACCUAGAGCAGCCCGUCUGAAACCAGUACCUGUGCCCUCUUCAUCUGCUCUCAUGCACUCAGAUUCAGACCUGGACAGCGAUGAUGGACAAGCAGGUGUCCCCUGGACUGACCGAGAGCGUGGUCACCUGCUGCGCCCCCAAAACGGCUCCUUGCGCAAUGGCCAAGGGCCCCACAAAACCAAAAAACAGAGAGAAGAGUUUCUAUAGUGACUAAACAUUUGCUGUUAUGGACCUUGAAUGCCACAAUGAUAUGUCACUUAGAAGCCUCUUAGCUGUAUGUAAGGGAAACAGGACUAAGUGUAGCCUUUCUGAAUCUCUUCCCAAUCUGAGCCAGAACACGCGAUGAUUCGGUAACUAGGGCGUUCACUCCUUUGCUGCUGUCUCUAUCUUGUCAGAUGUUUUUUGAAGCGUAGAGCCAUUUACCCCCAGGGUCAAUGAGAAUAUAUUUUAGAAGGAGAUAUUAAAUAUGUAAAAGAUUUAAGGCUGCUUAAAAGACUUGAAACUUGAGCAAAACCAAGGAUCUCUCUGAGAGAGACACUUCGUCCCAAUCCUGAGACUGUCUGACAGUUUCUUCACUCUUCAAGCUUUGAUAAACUACUGACCUAACCCCUCUUAACACUGCCUUGAACAUCCAUUAACUAGACAGUUUUCUUAAACAUGUGGCAAUAGUGCAGACCCAGAGCUUGUCUUCAGCACUGCACCUGUCUUUUCCAAGUUGUAUGACUGCAUGUAUGAUUGUAUGGUGAAAGAUUUAUUUUACUGAAAAUACUGCAUGUAUUAUAUCUGACUGUCUGGCCUUUUUGGCAGUAUGUGUACCUGUCUCUGAAAUCACCAGCAAACAACAGUGAAGUCUGCAAUCUGUUUAGGUUUGUAGCAGAUAUGAGAGCACCAUAUUGCUAAAGAAAUAACAAUAUUAAAGGUUAAUAUACACUGGACGUAAAACCGGAUCUCGCCUUCAGCUUUGCAUCUAAGCUUGUGAAAAAUAAACAGGGGAACAAGAAGCCGAACUUGGCACUCACCUCAACAUAUAAACUGUGUGAUCAUAGAUGACAAUUGGACGUCUUGUCUCGUUUUAAAUUUAUUUUAACUGGUCACCUGAUUCUUGUGCAAUUUAUACUAUUACUCUGCUUUCACUGGUUCCUUUCUGGAUGAUGUUGAUGCUCACUGAUCAGAUUAAGAAUGUCGAUGAUAAAGGCUUUUGUUAUAUUUUUGUGUUCAAUACAUCCAUUUUUAUGUUGUUCUUAAUGAUGAUAGAUUAUAGAUUAACUGGACUACUUGAAUUCAGUGUCCACAUGGUAAACACUGAAAGAACUGUGAUAUUAUGUUUAUGUACACUAAUUCUAUUGAUGCUGUUCUUACAAAUGUAUAAAUGGGGUGAUCGAGACCCCCACUGAAGGCAGGAAGAAGGAAAACCAAAAGAGGUUUACGUAAUUACUUAAAUCAGUGUUUUAUCAAAAGACUCCCUGUCAUGUGAUUUCAUCAAAUGAGACUGGAUUAUCUUAAUUAAAAUCAUGUGAUUCUACAA